AUGAGACGUCAAGCGUGGUGGGAAUUAAGAGAAAAAGUUGUUAGUCCAUCAUCUGAUCCAUGUUUUGAUGUGAUUCGACAUCCAACAUUAAGUAGUAAUGCUAUUGAUGCCCAGGUAUUAUCGAUAAUCACUUUCAAUGAGCGUGUAUCUGAUAGUCUUUUUGGCAAAGUAUUCAACAAUUAUGGAAUCAUCGGUAUGUAUGCAGCAUAUAUCUUUUUGGCUAGUCGUUUACUGCGCACGAUGUACAGCAAUAUUUCCUACGUAAUUCGCUUGGAAGAAUUGCCUCAUGUUGAUCGAAUUUUAAAUCUAUGCCAUGAAAUAUAUCUUGUACGUGAAAACAAUUUACUUCUUUUAGAAGAACAGUUAGUGGCUAAACUUUUCUUCCUCUACCGAUCGUCAGAGACCAUGAUUAAAUGGACUAGACAUCCCAAGCAUAUAGUAGAAAGAUUUACAAGUAAACCAACCACACCUCGCGAUACAAAUGACAAUCGUACCCAAGCAAACUCAUCGUCUAGAGGAUUAGGAGCUAAUUCUUCAAGUAACGGAGAAACUAGAUAUAGAAACAACAGAAGUACUAAUAAGCCACUGGUACAAUCAAUUUGUCUUCAUAACUCAACAGAUGGUACCACUAGUCAUUCACAUCAAGACAGCCGUUCAAGAUCUACAAAUCCUAGAGUACAAUGGCCACGUGCAGAUAGUUUGAUUGCUGAAGAGGGACCAAAUGUGCUGAAAUCUCAUCAGUAA